AUGAGACUCUCAACUUACUUUCCACUCCUACAGCUGGCGGCAAUCUCAGAUGGCCGGGUAACAGCACCUCGGCCAAGACUCCAAGCCAGAGAUAUUCCUGGCGCCGUUCCUGCUAAUGGAAUUCAAGCACGGCAGUUCGACUGUACCGGCUUGAUAAACGCAGAGGCUAUCACAUCAAUAUAUGCCCAACUCCCUCCAAAAACGGCCUUGGCAUUCAUGUCAGGUUCCGUCGUCGGCACCGUAUCUGGUUUCGGUGCGCGGGGCGUGUGCAAGAUGGUAAUUGGCGGGCAAGAUUCUGCGGAGGAGAGAUGCACGGGCUUGGGCCAGGGUAUCGGCAGCCUCAUUUUUCUCAUCACGGGUGGUGUCUUAAUAUGGGCAUCGAGACCUCGAGUUGCUACAGUUGUCCAGGACUUUGCCGGCGCCGAACUCCCAAGAAGAGCAUCGAGAGACGAGGGGUUCGCGACGGUCAUGAGAGACCUCCUGCUCCAGCGAGGACUCGAAUUCGACAACGUCAAUGCCGCGCCACUGCAGGCUAGGGACUCUGUUCAGGGGCAAACAAUCGAGAUCCUCGGCCUCCGGGACCCAGAGACAGGUAUUGCCAUGGACCACAUCCAUCAUAUCCGCGACGACGGCCGCAGCUGGGCGCGCAUGACGCCUUCGGUUGGCCCCGGGAGCGCAAUAGCAGCAAAGCGUCAUCUCGGGCCCGGCUUCAAGAUCAGCUAUAAGUAUUCCAAAUUCAAUGAGAAGUCCACCAUGAAGUUCGAAGAGGCAGAUCUCCAAGCCGUCGGUCAGACCUUUGGCGCCGACUGGGAGAAACGCGUCAACGAACACGAUGACUUUUCACGGUACUUUGGUCAAGCCAAAUUUGGUGACGAUUACACCUUGCGUUUUGAAAUCAUUCCCGAGGAAGACCAAUACAACGAUGACUAUGAAAAGGUCGAGCAGUGCGGUAUUUGGGACUAG